UCUGUCCUGGCGCGAUAAGGAGGCGCCGCCUUGGGGAGCCGAGUGAACGACGCGACGCCAGCGUUGGCACCGCCGACGACACGACCGCGUGCCGUGGCCCCACCACGCGACGGAGAGGAGUCCCUUGUUUUUUUGUGUGUGGACUCACGCCGUAGAGCAUCUGCUGUCAUGGGAGCCGACAGGACGCUUCUGCUGCUCUUCUUGGCGGCGACGUCGACCUUCGUCUCUUGCGUGGACGACAAAACUGCCAAGGGUGCCCUGGACUGCCCGGAACCGCAGUGCGCCAACAAGGACUGCAAGACCAAGGUGGGCGACGACGGCUGCCUGGUGUGCGACUGCAACGGCCACUGCCCUCUGCUGGUGUGCGGACCCGGAUGUCACGAGGAGAAGAACACAACCGCCAAAUGUCCCGAGUGCGUUUGCGAUGGUGACCCGAGGUCGGGAGUGCAGUCUCCCCAGAAGCGCCACUGCCCCGAGUUGACGUGCCCGUCCGAGUGCGUGAAGGAGACGGCGACGCCCACUCAUCGCUGCCAGUGGUGCCUGUGCCCCCCUAUCACCGCCAAGCAGACCCUGGUGAAGUACGGGGAGCGACACUGUCCUCGCGCGCUGCUCAACAUGGUGUUCCGCCAGGCUGACCCUCUCGCCAGGCACGUGCUCCAUUUCCAGGAACAAGUCCGCCACCAGGACGGCGCCGUCCAGCACCUUCUUGCAACCAGCGGCAAGCCCGGGGAGCAGCACCCUCCCAAGCCAGAGUGUGUCACCCCCAAGUGUGAGGGCAAGGGCUGCAAGCUGGUGCCAGGAGACCACGAGUGCCCCAGCUGUGUCUGCACACCAGAGUCGGGGCACAAGAAGAAGGGGAACAAGACGAAAGCUUCCAAGGCGCACGUCGUCAACAAAAGGAAUAGUUCACAUAGCAAGGAGAGCUCGGAGGAAAGCCACGAGUCCAACAGCCAAGAGAGCAACGAGAAGCGAACUCCCCGAAACAGAAGGGACCACACCAAGGCCGGCCACAAGGAUGGACACAAGAACGGUCACAAGCAUGCCAACCACACGGCGACCCACGUGAACGGCACGGAGCCUAGACCAGCGCUUCCCGUGCACACGGCCGUUCAGUGCGUGGUCCCGGUGUGCGAGCCGUACUGCAAGUACCGUCAGGCCGAGCACGGCUGCCUGGUGUGCGAGUGCCCGGACGUGUGCCCCGACAUGGUGUGCGGGGGAGGCUGCCAGCCGUACUUCACCAAUGCCAGCAAGUGCCAGCAGUGCCUCUGCGCCCCGAACAUCCGCCGGGAGAAGCUUGCCGACGUGUUCGCGUCGUUCUGUUCGGAGCACACGCUGCACCGGAUGGUGGCCGACUUCGACGACUUCCGGGACACCCUGCUGCGACUGCAGCACCGCAGCCUCGAGCUGCAAGAACUCCUCGGCCGCGUCGAGCACGCUCGAGGCAUUCACGGAGCUGUUCCGGAAGAAGUUAGGACGAGCUUCGGAAGGCAUCCCCACAAUCAUCCCCAACCUCUUCAUCAUCAAGCGGAGCACCAUUCGAAGCACGGACACACUCAUCAUUCCAAGCCUGGCGAAAGACACCACAAUUGAGCGCUUCUUUUUUUCUAACCGCGUUCCGUGCCCACAGACGACGUAACGCAAUUAAUAAAGGCAUUUCGCAGGUACCAACGA